CGGGACGUUCUAGAACAUAGACUAGCUAUGCCUGCACACGGCAACACCAGUAUUAAGGCAGAUUCCAGAUACGCACCUGCGCCUGCGUUACUUGCAAUCUUGGAGCAUCCUACAGUAGCAGUUCUUAAAGCUCGAUGCAGGGUGCCGUUGCUGGAACCUUAGGGUUUUGCUUCAGCCAAUCAAACCACAGAUGUCUCUUUUCUUUUAGUGGCUGGGCACCGCUCACCAAGACGUUCGAUCACGAGGAAGCAAUCCCACUCGACAAAUGCUACCUAUACUAUAGUAGACAUGAUAAACACGCCGUGACACUGAAAAAUCCUACCCGCCGCCAUGGAUAAUAUUGAUGAUGACCUUGAUCUCUGCUACCACCGCGAUUUGAAAACUGAUGUCUACUACCGCUGCCCAUCCUCGGAGGUAACAAGUCCUCCUGUUGUGUAUGCAGAUUUUGAAAAGAACACAGCCAGCCUGAUCCCUGUGGAUAUCGUUACCGAGUUCGUCUUCAACAAAGCCUCCACAAUAACAAUAGCCGUGACGCAGCAGCCGAACCUCAACGCUCUGUUCGAGCCAGCCGACUACCCCCGAAGAAUCACUAUCGAGCAUGCUCUUUGCUAUGGAAUUGAUGGCAAGGAGAGGCUCAAACUCCAGAGAGCCAUUGCGCGCGGCUUUAUUGAGGCCAUCCAGGCAAUUGAUGGAUUCAAAUAUACCGAGCUUCAGGCUUGGAGCAAAGAUGGAAGCGACGGUGCCAGGUUCAAAUACGUUUGCCUGGACAGUCUGCAAAAUCGCAACCGAAAGAGCAAAACGAAGAGAAAGAACAGCUCAAAAGACGCCGAUGGCGGCAACGCUCAGAAUAUAUCGAAAAGAUCUGAGCUAUCAACAUAUGAUUGUGGUGGUGCGAUAUAUGCAAGAUUUUCCACAAAGCGCGAGGCUGUCAACGCUUUAUCAAGCAACAGCACUACCUCCACCGGCACGUCAAAUGGCACCAAGCCAAAGAAAUGGAAGAAAAGCCAGAAUGAUCAUCACGUGGAGGCCCACUCUGCGUUCCAGGACCAGGAACUUGACAUGUCCACGUCUCCUGAGGCCUCUAAAGCUGGUUCGAAAAAGAAGCGCAAGAAAAAUGCGGUACAAUUAGAAGGAAGUGGAUCUGCAACGAAAAAUAAUCUGAAAACAAAGCAAGCGAAAUCACCCUCAAAAGCGUGCCAAGAGGCUCCGGCACGGGACCCAACCCCAGAGCCUGUACAGCCUGUCAAGGACAUAUGUCUGCAUUGCUGCAAAAAGAGGAUCAAGUGCAAUGAAGCUAAGCCUAACUGUGACCAGUGCCUGAGGGUGUUAUGGACGUGUCAAUAUAGGCACCUGGUCCAACGAAGCGCUCGAAGAACGGAUGUUUGAACUGCCGUUCACGAAAACGCAAAUGCACAGAAGAAAGGCCGUCGUGUGCCUAUUGCCUCAAGGUCGACGAUGAUUGCAUGCACGGCGAAUAC